AUGCAUUGCCUCCACCUCCACUACUGUCUCACUGCUCUUCCAUCCUUGGUCAAGUCCCCAAACAAAACAGCCAAGUCCACCUUCGCCACUACCAUCAACAGAACUGUCCAAAUCAGAGCCAUGAGAGCCGUAGUCCAGCGAGUCACCUCUGCCAGUGUCGAGGUCGAUGGCCGCAUGGUAUCGGAAAUUGGUCCGGGCCUUCUUGUUCUUGUUGGGCUUCACGAGUCUGAUACCGACUCUGAUGCUGAUUACAUAUGUCGUAAGGUGUUGAAUAUGAGGCUGUUUACAAAUGAGAGUACCGGCAGAGGAUGGGACCAGAGUGUUAUGCAGAGAAAUUAUGGAGUUCUAUUAGUGAGCCAGUUUACAUUGUAUGGAGUAUUGAAGGGAAACAAGCCAGAUUUUCAUGUAGCAAUGCCGCCCCAGAAAGCAAAACCUUUCUAUGAAUCGCUGGUUGAUAAAUUUAGGAAAGCUUACAGACCUGAUGCAAUAAAAGAUGGUGUAUUUGGAGCAAUGAUGAAGGUUAAUUUAGAGAAUGAUGGACCAGUCACGAUGCAACUUGACUCUUCACAAUCAUCUAAGGAUACAAAUGGGAAUUGA